AGGUGUCACUUAUGUUGUGGCUGGUUCGGUUGUUCUGCUGUGAGAAUUGCAGGCAUUAGAGCUCAAAUGCAGAUCUGGCUGGAGAGUCACUUCAGCUGCGUGAGCGCUUCUGCACUGGUUGGAUACUUUGUCUUCUUGCACUCAGGUAGUUAGUCCUCCCUCCCCAUAUCACCCAAACCCCCAGGCCACAAGCACCCUAACCUGACUGUGAGCACGGAACGAGUGGUGAAAUUGAUUGACAUUGCUGCUGGCCAAUGGAGCACAGGCUAAACCAGGCAGUUGUGAAUUCUGCAGGGAGGAGGGAGAGGGAGGAGAGACAGAGAGCUCAGCGUGUCAGUGUGACAGGGAAGAUAUAAGCUCGGAACUGCAGAGAACUGGGAGUCAGUGCCCAACAUGUCUCUGGCAAAGUGUACCAGUACCUUGACAGAGUGUUCUAAUUAAAAAAAGAUAAGUUUUCUCUUCAGUGUGUGGAGCCUGCCCCCACACCCUUAACCUGCCAAACCACGGCCUUUACCUGUGUCUUCCGGUGUUUCCCCUGCGAUCCAUCCUGUGGAAGCGCCUCCUGGACCACUCCAGAAUUCAAUCAGCGCUCAGUGGCUCCAAUGGUGAAAAUGACGAGGUCUAAAACUUUUCAGGCAUAUCUUCCCUCCUGCCACAGAACAUAUAGCUGUAUACAUUGCCGAGCUCAUUUGGCAAAUCACGAUGAGCUCAUCUCAAAGUCAUUUCAAGGAAGUCAAGGUCGAGCUUAUCUAUUCAACUCAGUUGUAAAUGUAGGUUGUGGGCCUGCAGAAGAACGUGUUUUACUUACUGGGCUACAUGCGGUGGCAGACAUAUACUGUGAAAACUGCAAAACAACACUGGGCUGGAAAUAUGAACAUGCAUUUGAAAGCAGCCAGAAGUAUAAAGAAGGAAAAUACAUCAUUGAAUUAGCUCACAUGAUCAAGGAUAAUGGCUGGGAUUGAAGUGAAGAUCCCUACGAGAAGCAAAGUCUCAGAAUGACAUUCAGCUGACCGUUAUAUCCUUAGAAUGAGCGAGUUACUGAGUGCUUGGUUUCAUAUGAUUCAGAGGCUGUGCCGCAUGGAGCAUCCUCUCACCCACAAUCCAUCAUUCUUGGUGAACGGCCUCUAAAUUUCUGACACUCUGUCUCUUUGCUUUGUACCCCUUUGUGAGUUGCCCUUGGCCUUGUCCUGCUCUAUUGUAGAGUUGACUAAUGGAAAGCAUCAGGAGCCUUAUAGACCAAUCCCUUCUUUUUACUCUGUAGAGUUUAUUUGAUGCUAUGUGUUAAUGGCGUGAAGAAAGUGGCACACCAGGGGAGGAUUUGUGGGGAUAAACAAGGGAGAAGUAGUAGGAAAUAGUGGAAGGAACAUGCAAUAUCAUAGACGUCCUGCAAGUAUGUUUUGAUGUAUUGAAUGGAGAAGAAAAUCAGUGCUUGCUUUCAAGCAAUAUCUUUGAAUGGCACAAGCAGUGUUGUCUAAUAACUACUUAACAUUCAAUAUAACUAAAAACACCUGGGUAUUAAAUUCAAUGACCAGGUCACAAUUUGUAGCAAGGCUGCAGCCAUGAUAACAUAAAUAUGAGAAAUAAUCAACUUCUUAGUUAAUUCACCCUGCUAACUGGCAUCCACAGGGUUCUUUCAGGAACAAUGAUAAAUAAUCAUCAUUCUGGCUACCUUUAAAGAAUAAUGUUUAACAUAUUUUUGUUUGGUGUUUGUGUUGGCACCUUCAACCCUGCACCAUACACGGUAAGUAUCAUGAUGUAAAAUAAGAGGAGUUCUUUAACUUCUCUACAAAACAUACUAGGUUUCCAGUCCAUUUUUGUCUUUACAACAUGUAUUAUUUUUCUGUUCCUUGGAUAAAAGACAUAAGUUUAGCCAUUGGUGAAUGAUAAAAAAAGUGUGCAAGACACAUGAAACCAAAUUAAGGUAGAAAUGGAUAUGUUUGUUUUAUUUAAAUUAUAGGAUCAAUGGUAAUAAUUUGUUUUUGGUCUUUUAUUUACAUUACUUUCAUGAAACAUAAAGGACAAUAUAACUUUUGAUGAUUCUUUACAUCCUUGCAACAUGCUCUAAUGGGAAGAUUUAAACAAAAUAUUAGUCCUUUGUAUAAUUGCCAAUAACAUUGCAACAAAGGAACAUUGCACAAGUAACACCUACCUCUGGGCUGAUAUGAACAAAAUGUACUUUAAUGCUCUCCUAUUAAAUUGAUAUGCAGGGCCCCCAAAUCAUUUUUUUAUUAAAGGAUUGCUAAAUCCUAAAAAUCAAUACUAUAUACUACUGAACCUGUUGCAUUAGUGUAAAGUUUCAGCUUCUCAAUAGCAGCAAUUAUCCAGAACUUAAAACUUGUCACAGGGGGUCGCCAUCUUGGACACUCACAUGCUCAGUGGGCUCUG